GCCGUAUCUAUUCUCAGUAAGAUUGACGAUCGUGCCCGUGGAUUGAGGUUCUCUUGGGUCGUGGCAGCCCAGUUGAUGUAGGUGUAGUAUGAGUAUCUAUUAAGCACACGAACAAUGGGACAAAAAAAUUCUCGGCAGGAGACUAUUGCGCAGAUCGAGCAGUGCCGGUUGUUGCGCGAGUUGGCAACGUGGGCCCUCACUGAGGACUACCACGUCCUGCAGCCGAGCUCAUCUACUUCUACGAAGAAGUCAAGUCCAAGUGCCAGUGCUGUCGCGGCGUCUUCGCGAGCACCAAGGUCUGAAAGCGAAAAAGGCAUAGCUUCAUCUACUUCUACAACAACUGCAAUUGCUCUUGGCGAGGCAGACCCUGAAGCCGUGGCGCGAUGUAUUCGAAAACUAGGCCGAAGCUGCCACGCAGCGGCAGAACGACAUGUUGAAGAACGCAAAAAAUUAGAAGAAGUAGAUGGACAGCACAGCAGCUCGUCCGAGAGGAAUUUCGGAGGAGGUCGGGGGCGUGCUGAUAAUCUUUACCCUGCUGGAUCAUAUGCUCCUUCGAGCGCCACAGCCUCUGUUCGCGAACCAGCAGAGUCAGCGUUUCGAUCAUCGACUUCGUCAAGACAUGAUCAUCAGCGGGAGGAUAACGAGGAAGAUCUGGAGGAGCUUAUUCUGAACACUCGAGAAGUUUUUGCCAGCAGUACGCCGCAGCAAUCGAGCGCAGGGGACCAUGCGCGAAAGACGGAGGAGCUCGUGGAGAGAUACGGGCAACUGAUUUUGGAUCUUUCGCCCCCCGAUAUGAAGGCAGUUCGCUUCAGGCUCGUUCCGCAGCGAAUGAAAGAAGCCCUCUUUUGGCGUUGUUACUUCCACUUGUUGAGAAACCGAUUGAACACUCAUGCCGACGCAAUCUUUUUGUCGAUACCUGCUGCUGGUGAGCAAGAAUAUGUGCACGGCUAUGCCGGAGCUCGAGCCCCCGCUGCAUCAUCUGUUGAAAAUGCGCCAGCACGUAAAAAUUCUGCACCAAACAAAAUUGAAUCGACCUUGCGGCCGCCAAUAUCGGCGGAUAGCUGGGGCUCUGGCAUUGGUGGAAACGUAAAUAAUGUAGUAGAGCUUCAAACUGUUGUAGGAAAAGCGAGAAUACUGUCGUGAUCGCUGUGGCGAGCUGUGUAUUAUGCCGCAGCCGCUCCGGAGACAGGAUGGCGCCUUCGAAGGGGAGAGCCGAUACUGAUUCACGGAACAGGUGGACACCGGUAAAGCAAAAAGAAGAAUCAGUAGAAGUGAUGAAAGUGAAAGCAUCAGUUGAAGGCCACCAAAACCAGUACGGGCAAAUUCAAUGUCGAACCUGAAGGCCACGAAGCACAGCCACAGCUGCGCCAGCAUAUCAAUCCCUUAAAUUAAUUUUCAGGGUCAUCGCAUUCGCAUCCAUCCAAGUCCAUCCUCGUGAACUUUCACUUUCAUGCUGAGAGUCAAAUGGACCUGAAUGUGAAUAUAUAACUUUGACCCUCCUCUGCUGAAACAGCGGCCGCGAAUGCGAAACAAUAAGCCUUAUUAGACAUGAGGAGCUCCUGAAUGACCUAAUUCAU